GUGGAGGACCCCGCGUCGCAUCUCACCUUCACUCAUCCAGUCCACGACAACACAGCGAUUCAAAAUGCCACUCUUCGACCUGAAGAAGAACCUCGUCUUUUAUGGCGCAUACCACCGCGACCCCACAAAUGUCGCGAUCCACAUCGCCUGCGUCCCCGUCCUCCUAGCCACCGGCUUCGUCUUCGGCUCCAACACACCCACCCUCCCCAUCCGCGCCCCCGCCCUCCUCACCCGCCUAAAUCUCCCCCUCAACCUCGGCACCCUCGCGGCCUUCACCUACUCAACCCUCUACCUCUUGCUCUCCCCCAACAUCGCUGGCGCCACUACCACGCCCAUAAUCCUUGGCGCUGCAGCACUCGCCAACAAGCUGCUUGGCAAGUUCAACACCACGCGUGUGAACACAAUCGCCAUCGCGGUCCAUGGGGUUAGUUGGAUAGCGCAGUUUGUAGGGCAUGGGAAGUUUGAGGGCAGGAAGCCUGCGCUGCUGGACAAUCUUGUGCAGGCGCUGUUUUUGGCGCCGUUGUUUGUGUGGUAUGAGGUGCUCUUCAAGAUGGGGUUUUAUAAGCAGUUGCAGGGAGAGGUGGAGAGGGGGAUUGAGACAGAGGUUAGGAGGAUGAAGGCGGAGAAGGAGAAGAAGUCUGGAUGAUUUCAUGGCAUGUAGGUGUGAGGGGGGAGUUGAGGUUUUGGAUAUUGUACGGAAGUGUAUAUCGAAUGAAUCGUUUCAGAGACUG